ACAGGCAACAGUGGGAAAGGAGAUUUAGGAGUCUAAGCAGGGAAAUGUAGAAAUAUUCUGUGAAUCCUAUCCAUCUUUUCUUGGUGUGUAUCACAAAUCCACAGAUCUGGGAUGAUGUGGGAGGUCCUGGGAUGUUUUACCACAGCACAGUGCUCCACUCUACCCCUGCUUAAAGGCUGAAAUUCAUUUUGUCAGGUGAAAGCAAGAACAGAGGAAAAGAUUUCUGAUCACACCGUCAGCUUCUGGUCCUGUGGAGCUGAUUUAAAGAAGAGAAAAUGCUCCUGCUCCAGAGAUCUCAGCAGACAGUUACAUUUUUGGCAAUUCUUUUUUUUGCCUGUUUUGCAAUGCGCCAAGACCUUGAAAACAGGAGGGCAGUGACUGAGCACCAGCUCCUGCACGACAAGGGGAGGGCGGUGCAGGGGCUGAAGCGGCUGCUGUGGCUGCAGCAGGCCCUGGGGGCCGUGCACACGGCCAGCAGCAGGGAGGUGCCACUCCCCAGCGCCAGCUGGGAUGUGCAGGAGAGCCAAGAUCCCUCAGAUUCCAACAGCAGCGACGGAGAUGAGGCUUCAAACCUGCUGAAGCAGCUGCUGGAACCAAUGGAAGCUCAGGGCUUCCUCCUGCUAAAGCAGCUGGAUGGGAAGAUCCCAAAGGGUAACUGGAACCCCCAGCACCUUUUCAACCCCCUUUGACUAUUCAGUGCCUGUCCCUUGCUUUACACGGGCACUGCUGGAGGGAGCAGCUCCAGCACGAAGGUGAACAGCAAAAUGAAACCCCUUUCCUGCAUUCAGUCCUCACAGUGCUCACAGCCCCUCACCCACAGCAGCUCCUCUGCCACCUGGGAGCUCUGAUGGGAGAUGGGUCCCCUCUCCUCCCUGUGUGUCUCAGGGAUGCUGCAGCUGGAGCUCCUGGAGGGAGUUUGGGUCAUUAAUCUGUCCAUUCACAGGCUCAUUCACAGCCUGAUGUUUUGACUCUCCAAGAACUCUCCCUCUGAGGUUCUCUUCCAUUCACACCUGCCUGCAGUAAUUUCACACUCUGCUCUAGGAACCACUUUUCUUAUACUGUAGUUACAAAGGGUUUUUCCUGCUCCUUCAGCAUGCAGGCCGUUCUGAGCAUCUUGGACCCUUAGGUUUUCCAGGUUUUGCCAGGUAGAAGUUAGCAGUGAUCCCCAUUCAGCCAAAGCCCCAGACACCCACCUUGUUCUGCUGUGAAAGAGAUGAGAAUGAGCUUUCAGGGUCCCUCUCUGAGCCUUUUGUUCCACACUUCCUUUUCUUUCCUCAAGAGAAAUCUUCUCCAAGAGCUCCCACAGCAGCAGGAGAAGAGAUUCAUGAGGCCACCUGUGUUUCCUGAGAGGUACCACUGGAUUUUGCUGUUCAUCUUUGAUAACAAACCGACCAUCUUUGUCUAAGCAAAGCAAUGUCCAGUUUAACUGUAAAGUCAGUCUUUCAGAAAUUAAACCUGUCAUGUGUUUUACAAAUAUAUCAGUGUUUCCAUUGUGUAGGGACUCUAUACACUAUUUAAAAUCUUGAAAUUCCUGUUGCUGAUAGACUUCAACAGUGCUGAACACAGUUCUCAGUGAUUAAAAUGUUAUCAAU